GGACCAAAGGUAUUGAAACAACAGGAGUAGUUGGCAAAGACGUCGUCGAACUUCUUGAACAAUCUAUCGCAGAAGGGGCGAUAUUAAAGUGGAAGUGGUAGCACUAAUUAAUGAUACCGUUGGUACUAUGGUAGCAGCUGCUCAUGAAAGUGGUGGCAAAUGUCACGUUGGUGUUAUUAUUGCAACCGGUACCAAUGCUUCAUAUAUGGAAGAUACAUCAAAAAUCGAAUAUGGUUUAUCAAAAGCAAUAACUGAUUACAAAUAUCCGCAGAUGAUUAUUGAUACCGAAUGGGGUGGUUUUGGAGAUCGUUCUGAAGCUGAUUAUAUAUUAACACAAUAUGAUAAAAUUGUAGAUAGCCGAUCCGAACAUCCAGGCGUAAACACGUUUGAUAAACUUGUUGCCGGUAAAUGUAUGGGUGAAAUAGUACGUGUUGUACUAGAGAAAUUGGUACGAGCUCAUGUUCUAUUCAAUGGUAAAGGUUCAGAUACUCUCUUUCAACAAGAUUCCUUCCCAACUAAAUAUAUCUCUGAAAUUCUCAGUGAUGAAAGUGGAUCAUAUGUACAUACGAGAGAUAUACUGGGCGAAUUGGGUAUUGAUAAUUACAGCUUUAGUGAUAUGUUACUUCUUCGGGAGGUUUGCGUUGUCGUUUCUCGCCGAUCAGCUAAUCUUGGCGCUGCUGCAAUUGCCUGCAUACUAAAUCGCAUCCGAAAAGAGAAUAUGGUAGUUGGAAUUGAUGGCAGUACUUACAAAUAUCAUCCAUUUUUUGACUUCUGGGUUCAUGAUAAAUUGAAGGAACUUGUCGAUCCGGGUGUUAAAUUCAAAUUAUUACAAACAGCUGAUGGUAGUGGUAAAGGUGCAGCACUGAUAACAGCAAUUGUUGCAAGGUUGAAUAAACGCAAUGUACAACAACAACAACAACAACAACAACAACAACAACAACAACAACAACAACAACAACAACAACAGCGACAACAGCAACAAUGUAGUAUGGACGAAAAUGUCAUAACGGUGGGAAAAAAUAUGGAGCAAAUAACCGAAAUGAAAGAAAGUCGCAAAGAGUCCAUAAAUGAGAAGCAAAAAAUUAAUUUAGUGACAAGUGACAUAGCAACCUAUGAGAAAUUUAACAGCGAAAUGGAGAAUAGUAUGAUUCAUUUAUCCACUCCAUAA